AUGGCAGCCCAGAUCUCCAACCUGGCACACCGUGUGCAGCAAGUCGUGUCCAAGAUCACAACCGAGGAGUUGGACCCUAUAACGUUUACCAAUGUCGAUCGAAAAGAGGACCAUCUUCUGGGAGUUCGGAACACCUUUGUGGACUUGAGUGAUUCACCUUCACUGCAUCAGUGGUACAAGGACAUCAGAGGCAUACGCUCAUGCCCGGUCAGCGAGCAUGGUGAUGACAGGAGCGUAUGUGGUGACGCUCACGGAGACGAAGACAAUGCCUGGCAGACACCAGAGCCAUCUCCACGUUCUGGCCAUGAGGAGGAGAAGCCUCAGGUUUCAGCACCCUUAAACGCGACAAAGGCAGCAGAGCCCAGGACUCCGCUGAAGAGUGGUGCAAGCCCCUACCGACCAACUGUGGCGAGACCAUCUUGCAGCACGACAUACUAUGCCACGCCACCGCCCGUAGGAGCCAGAGGUCCGUUCUUCGUGGCAGAGUACCACGGCAGAGUGCAAGCUUCUUCGCUCCACUCGCAGGUUCAGGAUCAACAAAUCUCAGCAACUUCGCCGACGUACUUGGUUGCAGAUCACCGAAACGUUACGAGGCCUUGCCAGUCAGGGCCACCAGUUCUGGGUUCGGAAGCGCUUCCAAGCAUUGGGUCUGGUGCUCACGCCACAGGUGAAUGUCGGCCCUGUGCCUUCUUCCACAAAAACCGUUGCGUCACAGGCCGGACUUGCCUCUUCUGCCACCUCUGUGAUGCCGGUGAGAGGAAGCGCCGACUGCGACUUCAGAAGGUCAAGCAUGCUAAAGCAUGA